GCGAGUAUAUUCUUCUAUAUAUAUAUAUAGAGAGAGAGAGAGAUCUCCGUCGUCAUUGUGAUCACUUAGCUAGCUUUAACAUUACCAUAUCAUAUAUACCCUGGGAUCAGUGAAUCCAGGCCAGCAUGUUAUCUAUAAGAUGGUGUGGCGCAAUUGCAUUCUUCUCACUCGAUUUUGCAGCACUAGUUCUGGUUCUGGUGCCACUACUAUUUAAUCAUAAGGCGGAUUCGGAUGCCUAUAUUCUACUGGCAGCAGCUCUUGCUGUACUAUCUUGUAUCUUUGCCCUAAUCUCUGCAUGCUGCUUUUGCUACGAUGGCCGCGAAGAUGAGACUGUCAAAACACGCGCGCAGUGGUUUUCAUCCCUUUUCAUGCUUUACACAAUGGCCACAAUUGUUGGAGGACUAAUUCUAAUAAUUUGUCAUUUUCCUAAGAAGAGGCAUGACCAAAUCAUUGUGGGACUAUACUUUUGCAUUGUCCGAGUGUUUGUUGACGUUAUUUACGUUUGGGGCACUAUAUACAUUGCUGGUGCGAGGUAUUACAGCAAGAAUUCUAUAGCUUUUAACUAGGUCACCAUGAUCAACAGAUCAGUUUCAGCUUCAAGUGCCUCACACACUUAGAAUGAAAUGGAUCUUGUAUG